GUUUUGUUAAGAGCGCCACACUUGCUGUAAACGUUACCAAAUAUCUCUUGCUGUACGGUUUGGAAACAUAAGGAACCUAUCUUUCAUAUUAGCAAGAAAUCAUAUAUAUAUUUUUUAAAAUUUCUAGUUUUUUAUAUGGUUAGGGUUCCCACACAGCCAUAUUUCCAUGUUACAGCGCUUAUUUAUGGAAGACGGGUACUGGUGCUAGUUCUGUGUCUCGGAACACCGGUGUGUAAACGGAAGACAGACGCCACAAACGUGUUGUGACUGAAAAAUACUGUCUGGUGCAACUGUGUUAAAACUGGUUAAAACAGUUUACAUUCUGUUAACAUCAUGGCAGAUGGCAGGAUCUACGUGGGUAACCUUCCAGCUGAUGUGCAAGAGAGGGACAUUGAGGAUAUAUUCUUCAAAUAUGGCAAAAUCAGAGACAUUGAGUUGAAGAACAACAGAGGCACUAUUCCCUUUGCCUUUGUGCGCUUUGAAGAUCCACGGGAUGCCGAGGAUGCAGUCUAUGGGAGGAAUGGUUAUGGAUUUGGAGACUGCAAGCUUCGCGUUGAGCACCCUCGCUCUGCCUCCUCUAAAUUCAACGGUUCUAUGGGUGGUAGUGGUCGAGGGAGUGGGGACGGAGGUCCCGGUGGUCCUAAAGGGAGGUUUGGGCCUCCUACUCGGAGAUCAGAGUUCAGAGUUAUUGUGACUGGUAAGUGGAUAAAGUCUGCUUUUGUUUUUGUUUUUUUAAUUCAAAGCUCCUCUCUUCCUUCCAUUUACAGCAGGUUAGAUGUACACUGGUAUUGUUGGGCGUUGCCUAUAAAGGCCAAAGUUCUCAAUGGUUUGCUCUCUGUUCCCACAGGCCUGCCUCCGACUGGGAGCUGGCAAGACUUGAAAGAUCACAUGAGGGAGGCUGGAGAUGUUUGUUUCACAGAUGUUCAGCGGGAUGGGGAAGGGGUGGUGGAGUUCCUGCGCAGAGAGGACAUGGAGUAUGCCAUGCGGCGCCUGGACAGGACAGAGUUCAGAUCACACCAGGGGGAGACUUCAUCUAUCCGAGUCCAUGGAGAGAUGGGGGCCAGCAGAGGACGCUCGCGGUCCCGUUCCAGAUCCAGGGGACGGUACUCACCCGCUUAUCAAGGUCGCGGCUCUCCACCCCCUCGUUAUCAGUCACCCCCUGCUCGCAGAUUGUCUCGCCAUAGCCCCCCUCCACGUCGCUCCUCUGCAGCACACCGUAGCCCAUCAAGCCGCAGCCCACCCCCUCGUCACUACCGAUAGUCUACCUACAGGAGGGAGCCAAGGCUGGUGAUUACUUUCUUUUGUGUUGCUUUUUAAGUAUGUCAUGUGCAUUCCACUAUGAGGACUGUCUCCAGAGGACUUUUUAAAUGGUGUAGACAGAGCGGAUGGGCAGAUCUGCAUUUGCCUAACAUUCUCAGACCUAGGAUAUGGCUGGUUAGGGAUAUUUGUGAAGGAGACUGCAUACUAGAGGAAUACAACAUAAUACAGCUCUUUAAUGUAGUUUAAAAAAAAAUCAUGUUUCUGUAAGAGUGUCUAGCCUGCCCUGCCUUGUAGAUGGUUGCCUCGCAAGUGUUCUCCAUUUUGUUCCUCUUUUUUAUUUUACGUGAGAAUGAAAUUAUUUCUUUCUCCUGCCCCAUUCUCGAAAUAAUCUUUGUAUCUCGUAACAGCUUUGUAAAAAAAGUGUUAUUUUUUUCAAAUAAAGUGAGGACUCUUAGUA